CAGGUGUGUGUGUCAUCACCGCAGAGUCGCAGCACCAAGGACGAGGGGCUGUCAUCUUCGUCAUCGUCGUCAUCAUCAAGGCACAAGCACAAGGACCGCUCCAAGUCCAGGGAGCCGGACGCUGAGGGAGGCAAGGAGUCCAAGAGGGAGAAGAAGGAGAGGAAGAGGGACCGCUCUCAGGAUGAAGGUUCGGAGGUUGAACAGAAGCGCAAGAAAGGCGGCGGCAGCGGCGGCGGCAGCGAGGAGCGGCUCAAGUCAAACGGCAGACAGGACGAGGAACAUAAACACCGACACCGCGUUGAGGCGGAGGAGUACUACGAUCGUUACUCCAGCAAGGACUCCCACCGUGGCGAUUACGAGUACGAGAGAGAAUACGAGAAAAUCAACACUCGACACAAACGAAAGAACUGAUCCUAGACACACAUACACACACAUGCACACACACACGCACACGCACGACACAAACACACACACGUUUUAUUUAUUUGGUUUUUAUUCUUUAUCUAAAUUUCUUUUUGUUACGUAUUCAGAAAACCCAAUGUAAUCUUUGCUUUUUUUUUCUUUUUUCUUUUUUUGUUUUGUUUUAGGAAAGAGAAUAAUAAUUAACAAUUCCUUGAUGCCAGAUGUUGUAUUAUCAUUAUUAUUAUCAUUAUUAUUAUUAUUAUCAUUAUUAUUAUUAUUAUUCAGUUUUUCAUUUGUAAUUUAUUAAUAGACAAUUUUUCUUAUUAUUUAGGAUAGAAAAGAUAAAAAAAAAGAGAAAGAAAAGAAGGAAGGAAGGAAGGAGAGAGAGAAAAGAAAGUAAGGGACCCAGAAGAGAGAGAGAGAGAGAGAGAGAGAGAGAGAGAGAAUAAAUUUGAGUGCAAUGAGUACCUAUAUUUUCUGUGUGUGUCUGUACCACUGUUAGAGAGAGAGAGAGAGAGAGAGAGUUUGCCAUUAGAGAUAGCCAAUAGAUUUUGUGUUUGUAUAUAAAAAGAGAAAGAGAAACAAGGAAAUAGAGAGAACAAGAGAAAAAUAAAAAAAAAGCAAAUUCAGGUCUAGAAAGAUGAAUAGGAAAGGGAAUCGAAAAAAAGCCUGAUUUGUAGGAUGAAAAAAAAUAUAAAUGACCUAAAUAUUGUAUACAAAGAAUGUCCUUUUGUAAUAAACUAACAAAACAAAA